GGCGCGCCUAGGCGCUCGCGAAAGCUCGCGGUGGCUCGGAGGCGCGCGCCGGCGGUCCUCGGCCGCUCCGGGUACCCGAGGGACGCGCGGCCGCCCCCGGCCGGCGCUGCAGCCCCCACCCCUUGGAGCCAGGGGCCGGGGUCUGAGGAUAGCAUUUCUCAAGACCUGACUCAUGAAGCACUUGUAACCUGAGAUAUUUCAGUCGAAGGAAGAAAUAGCUCUUCUCCUAAGAUGGAAUCUGUGGUUUGGGAAUGUGGUUGAUCAACUUGAUGUGUUGGCCAAAUGUGCCCCAUGUAAUAAAAUGAAAAGAAGAGACAAGAUGAUGUCAUUUUCCCAUAUUGUGAAACCAAAAACAAACGCCUUUUGUGAGACCAAGCUAACAAACCUCUGACGGUGCGAAGAGUAUUUAACUGUUUGAAGAACUUAACAGUAAGACAUAGAAGAAGUACCUUCAAGCUGAGACCUGCAGGUGUAUAAAUAUCUAAAAUACGUAUUGAGUAGGCCUGAUCAUCAGAAUCUCAUUCAGAUCCAGGAAAGAUGGCUGUGAGUUGGAUCGUCUUCUCUUUUUGGCCCUUGACUAUGUUCGUGGGGCAUAUAGGUGGGCACAGUUUGUUUUCUUGUGAACCUAUUACCUUGAGGAUGUGCCAAGAUUUGCCUUAUAAUACUACCUUCAUGCCUAAUCUUCUGAAUCAUUAUGACCAACAGACAGCAGCUUUAGCAAUGGAGCCAUUCCACCCUAUGGUGAAUCUGGAUUGUUCUCGGGAUUUCCGGCCUUUUCUUUGUGCUCUCUAUGCUCCUAUUUGUAUGGAAUAUGGACGUGUCACACUUCCCUGUCGUAGGCUGUGUCAGCGGGCUUACAGUGAGUGCUCGAAGCUCAUGGAGAUGUUUGGUGUUCCUUGGCCUGAAGAUAUGGAAUGCAGUAGGUUCCCAGAUUGUGACGAGCCAUAUCCUCGACUUGUAGAUCUGAAUUUAGCUGGAGAACCAACUGAAGGAACCCCAGUGGCAGUGCAGAGAGACUAUGGUUUUUGGUGUCCCCGAGAGUUAAAAAUUGAUCCUGAUCUGGGUUAUUCUUUUCUGCACGUGCGUGAUUGUUCACCUCCUUGUCCAAAUAUGUACUUUAGGAGAGAAGAACUGUCAUUUGCUCGCUAUUUCAUAGGAUUGAUUUCAAUCAUUUGCCUCUCUGCCACGUUGUUUACUUUUUUAACUUUUUUGAUUGAUGUCACAAGAUUCCGUUACCCUGAAAGGCCUAUUAUAUUUUAUGCAGUCUGCUACAUGAUGGUAUCAUUAAUUUUCUUCAUUGGAUUUUUGCUAGAGGAUCGAGUAGCCUGCAAUGCAUCCAUCCCUGCACAAUAUAAGGCUUCCACAGUGACACAAGGAUCUCAUAAUAAAGCCUGUACCAUGCUUUUUAUGGUACUCUAUUUUUUUACUAUGGCUGGCAGUGUAUGGUGGGUAAUUCUUACCAUCACAUGGUUUUUAGCAGCUGUGCCAAAGUGGGGUAGUGAAGCUAUUGAGAAGAAAGCAUUGCUGUUUCAUGCCAGUGCAUGGGGCAUCCCCGGAACUCUAACUAUCAUCCUUUUAGCGAUGAAUAAAAUUGAAGGUGACAAUAUCAGUGGCGUGUGUUUUGUUGGCCUCUACGAUGUUGAUGCAUUGAGAUAUUUUGUUCUUGCUCCCCUCUGCCUGUAUGUGGUAGUUGGGGUUUCUCUACUCUUAGCUGGCAUUAUAUCCCUAAAUAGAGUUCGAAUUGAGAUUCCAUUAGAAAAGGAGAACCAAGAUAAAUUAGUGAAGUUUAUGAUCCGGAUUGGUGUUUUCAGCAUUCUUUAUCUCGUACCACUCUUGGUUGUAAUUGGAUGCUACUUUUAUGAGCAAGCUUACCGUGGCAUCUGGGAAACAACGUGGAUACAAGAACGCUGCAGAGAAUAUCACAUUCCAUGUCCGUAUCAGGUUACUCAAAUGAGUCGUCCAGACUUGAUUCUCUUUCUGAUGAAAUACCUGAUGGCUCUCAUAGUUGGCAUUCCCUCUGUAUUUUGGGUUGGAAGCAAAAAGACAUGCUUUGAAUGGGCCAGUUUUUUUCAUGGUCGUAGAAAAAAAGAGAUAGUGAAUGAGAGCCGACAAGUACUCCAGGAACCUGAUUUUGCUCAGUCUCUCCUGAGAGAUCCAAAUACUCCUAUCAUAAGAAAGUCAAGGGGAACUUCCACUCAAGGAACAUCCACCCAUGCUUCUUCAACUCAGCUGGCUAUGGUGGAUGAUCAAAGAAGCAAAGCAGGGAGCAUCCACAGCAAAGUGAGCAGCUACCACGGCAGCCUCCACAGAUCACGUGAUGGCAGGUACACACCCUGCAGUUAUAGAGGAAUGGAGGAGAGACUACCUCAUGGCAGCAUGUCACGACUGACGGAUCACUCCAGGCAUAGCAGUUCUCAUCGGCUCAAUGAACAGUCACGACAUAGCAGCAUCAGAGAUCUCAGUAAUAAUCCCAUGACUCACAUCACACAUGGCACCAGCAUGAAUCGGGUUAUUGAAGAAGAUGGAACCAGUGCUUAAUUUGUCUUGUCUAAGGUGGAAAACUUGUGCUGUUUAAAAAGCAGAUUUUAUUCUUUGCCUUUGCAUGACUGAUUGCGGUAACUUGCUGUUCACAUGCUUUCAGUCAAGUGCAGAUUGUGUCCACUGGAAAGGUAGAUGUUUGCUUUUUAUAUUGCAUCAAACUUGGAACAUCAAGACAUCCAAAACACUAAGAAUUAAAUCAUCACGAUAAUAGUUAGUCUUUCUAGGUUAAGAAGAGAUAAUUAUUUGUCUGGUAAGCAUUUUUAUAAACCCACUCAUUUUAUAUUUAGAAAAAUCCUAAAUGUGUGGUGACUGCUUUGUAGUGAACUUUCAUAUACUAUGAACUAGUGGUGAGAUAACAUUCUGGUAGCUCAGUUAAUAAAACAGUUUCAGAAUUAAAGAAAUUUUCUAUGCAAGGUUUACUUCUCAGAUGAAUAGUAGGACUUUGUAGUUUUAUUUCCACUAAGUGAACAAAGAACUGUUUUUAAACUGUAAGGAGAAUUUAAUAAAUCAGCGAGGGUAUUUUAGCUAAUAGAAUAAAAGUGCAACAGAAGAAUCUGAUUAGUUUGUGAAAGAUUCUCCCAAAAUCCUAUUGAAAUAAUCUUCAUCCAGAGAUAUUCAGGAUUUGGAUUAGUAGUAGAAUAAAGAGAUGGGCAUUCUUUCCCCUAUAAUUGUGCUGUUUUUAUAACUUUUGUAAAUAUUACUUUUACUGGCUGUGUUUUUAUAACUUAUCCAUGUGCAUGAUGGAAAAAUUUUAAUUUGUAGCCAUCUUUUCCCAUGUAAUAGUAUUGAUUCAUAGAAAACUUAAUGUUCAAAAUCUGCUUUGUGGAGGCAUGUAAUAAGAUAAACAUCACACAUUAUAAGGCUCUUUGUGGUAACCACAAUUAUAAAAUGGCAAAGUAUUUUCUCUGUAUUCAUUGUUGUAUUUUUCUACAGUGAGAUGUGAUCUUGCCAAAGCCACCAGACCUUGGCAUCCAGGCCCUCCUAUAGUGAGUUGAUUGUCUGCUCUUGCCUUGCCCUAUAGCUAGUAGGCUACAGCUUUUUCCCCACACUCUUAUUUUCAGAUUCUGGAUCAUUCUUGUUUACAACUGAAAUAUAUAUAACCUCAGUUCAAAGUGGUGAUUGAUUUGAGUAUUUGAAAAUCAUUGUAGCUAAAUGAAGCAUGAUUAGUAGUCUUACUAUGAAUAUCAUUUAAUCUUAAAAAAUCAAGUAAAAAAUGUUUAUCUGGUAAUGUUUAAAUAAUUUACAAUAUAAACUGUAAACUUUAUUAGGCGUGAAAUCAAUCCGAAGAGAAAGAAAAAUGCUGGAACAUGCUGGAUGUGUUAUGUAAAAAGCAUACGGUAUUUAAACAAGGGCCCUCAACCCUGACUGCAGAUAAGAAUCACUUGGGUUACUUCAGAUACCUAACAACUUCCUCUCAUACAAAUAAGAACUGGUUACUUUCUUAAAAAGGAAAAAAAUCUUUCCAUGUGAUUCUAAUCUGCAGUCUGGCUUGAAACUUACUACUUUAAACUAACUUGCCCCUGAUGAUCUAAUGGCAUCAUAUUAUAUCAUAUGAACAUCCAUCCACAUGGAUUCAGUCUUUCGAUUUUAUAUCAUUAUCUAAUCUUUAAUGAUUCUUCACUUAUUAUUCAUUAUAAAAUGCAGAAUUCUGGGCUCCACUCCUAGAGAGACUUAUUCUGUAAGGCCAAAGUGAUAGGACUUUAAAAUCUUUAGUUAUAAAAACACCACAGGCGAUUCUUAUGCAGGUAAUUCAAGAAUCAUACUUUGAAGAAUUAUUCUAGACUCUGAAGAGGCCUGGCUCUGCCUUACGCUAUAAUUGUUUCUGACCUUUAACAAUUCAAGUCUUUGAGCCUCAGUUCCCUUGUUUGUAAAUGAAGAUAAAAAAUACUUACUCUACCUACCUCACAAUGUUGUCAAAUAAGAUCAAGUGAAAAAAAUUAUGUGAAAGCUCUUUGAAAACUGUAAAGCAUGAAUGAUAAGGGAUUAGGUUAUUGUGGAUUUAAGGGGUUUGAGGACCACUGUAGUACACUCCUUGACAUGUUGAAUUUAUGUGUGCUUUUCUUUCUCACUCUUUAAAACAGAAACUACCAAGAAAUUAGGUGUUGAAAAAGAAUCUUUUCAGGCAGCAAAGUCAGUUUUCUGAUAGUAAUAAUUUGUCUUAUUAUGUUAUAUAUUUCAAAGUACAUAUACGAUAUGAAUUAUUCUUCAUGAGACAUAUUUGAAUAUUUGGCCCGAAAUGUUUUUUGGUUUUCUCUGUGUUCAUUGCCUUUCUCCUUGGAACUGGAGUUAACACCCAAGGCAGGCAGGUCUGAAUUCCCUCAUAACUGACAAUUAGUAAACAUUUUCUCUGAAAGCCAAACAUAAAGCAACUCAUUUAUCAAUAAUUCAUGACGCUUUUGUCUGAGAAUCUGUCCUGCAAACAGCAUGAGAGAACCAAAACAAACAUUCACAAACAAAAAUAAGUUAAAAUAGAAGGUACCAGUUUAAGCCUGAAGAUGUCAUCCAUUGCCAUCUGCAUUAUAUUAUCAACUGCCAAGAUGUUAAUUGGUUUUCUUCUACAAGUGGGCCAAGUAUAGACAGUUAAGUGAACAUCACCAUGAAAAUCUUAACUUUGUGCUUCCAGAUUUUUAGAUAUUCAUUUGUACUUUCCCUUUUAAAUUAAUUGUUGGUAUGUAUGGGAAUACUAUAUUAACUUUUCAGUUACUUUCAAUAAGUAUCUUAAUUUUGCCCCACAAAAUUUACAUAAUACUGUGGGGCAAAGUUACAUAAUAUAAUCUUGUGAAUCCAUGGUUUUAAACAACAGUAUUUAGUUUGGGCAGCAGUUUCAAGUCUCAACUCGCUUAAACCAAUCUGAACAAAUCUGGACAGUUUUCCUACCAUAUGUUUAACUUUGAUUGGCAUAUGAUAAUGUUUAGUGUUUUCUUUUUUCAGUUGACAACUGAGAAAAUAAUAGUUCUCUCUAAAAUGUUAAUAUAUUAUCAAAAGGUUUUCAAAAAGUACUCUGCUUUCAGCAACAGUGUUUUACUCAAUAAUUAGACAAAAGACCUAAGAUAAUAUUAAACUCAGAACAGUUUGUUUCAAAGAACAAUUGGUUAAUAACUCAGCUGGCACAGGGCUUCAUAUACAGCUUUUCAAUAAAUAUUUAAAUUAACAAUUCAUGUUACACAACUUGCUUUUACCCUAGUAGUGAGUCUCACAUCAAAGAAAUUUGUAAGAUCUAAAUUUAAUCUAUGUGAAAUGAAGUCUCUGCUUUAUCAGAAUAAUAUGUGGCAGGUGAUAAAUAUGUAAAUGACACCAAAUAAAACAUUUUGCAUAGAUGAUAGUCCAUAUCACUAUUUUAAUUAAAGAACUUUAUGUACAAACAUGUACCAAUCCUUUUGGUUUUAGAAGAUGAAUAGUGAUUCUUACAAGUAAGUAAUUAGGCUCCUGUUAGUCUUAUGCUGUUAGAUCUUUGUGGACCAGUUGGGUAAAUAACUCUUCAAACCAACGUUCCUUUUUCUGCUGCUGUUAGAGCAGAUUUAUAAAAAUUCUGAGAAUGUCUUCAAAUUAGAAAAAUUUACUGCAUUUUAACCUACCUCAUCAGUUUCUUUGUGAUAACAGCUGGAAAUAACUCAAAUUGUACCCAUCUUAGUUUAGGCUAUAUUUCUGUGAAAUAAAAGGAACAACUUAAUUUUUUUGUUAUAUAAAUUAGUGAGUCGUUUGCCAGAGCUUAGAAAACAUUAACCUACCAAAAUUUCAUUAUGAUGAUAUUUAUAUUGCUUUUUGACAUGCCAAAGGUACAUUUACAUAUUACUAUAUUUGGAUGACUUACAUAGUCUAGUAUAAUGAAAAUUCCCCUGAGCUUGGAAUUUUAAGACUCAUAAUUUUAGCUAGGAUGGGCCUGAAAAAAAAAAAAAA